GUCACGUGCCAUUGUCCAUGGCGCAGCGGUCGCGCGAGCUGCCACGUAAUGUUGUGCGUGCCGUUCGUCCGUUCAUGAAUCGCUGCUAUUAAGAUACAUCCUGUGCUGCGUGGAGGCGAACGGCAACGAGGGCGAUGCGCGAGACUGCAUCUGUCCUUACCUAACUCUCGGCGAGACACACCGUUCACGAAGUGAUUAUUAGAGCAGCAAAAUGUCGCAGUCAAGCGGUUACCAGUAUCCAAUGUACGCGGAGUCCAACAAUCCCUUGAAGAACGAACCACCUCCCAUAAUGAACGGUCAAAAUCCUGCGUCCCAGCAGAACGGAAUGCAGUCCUCUCAGUUCAAUUUAACCGGCACACCAUCUUCGCAGUCGUCGCGUGACCCAUCCAGGGAAACUUCCAGAGAUCCGUCACCAACUCAGUAUCUUCACAACCAAUAUCGGCCUCAGUUGCCGCGACCGCCAAUGCCACCGAUAAACGGACCUCAGAACUCCAAUGCGUUGCCUCCACCACCUAGAACAUCACAACCAUAUAGUCCUGCAAGUCUCUAUAGUGCCCAUAACCAGUAUGCCGCUAACACUCGUCCGAACAUUGCGGUCAGCGCGUCUUCAGCUGCCUUUGUGUCUCAGCCUAGCCAAGAAGUUCAUCGACCCAUGAUCCCUUUGAACCAGAUGCCUCCAGUAGCGAAAACUCUGACCCCGGUGUCUGCGCCAUCGAUGUUUGCGGACACCGUUAAAUCAGAGCCAGCUAAAGUGAACCAAAGUUAUCAAUGGGCGGCUAAUUCCCCAUCAAUCAACAUUCCGCAGGGUACUAUGGGCGUUCCUGGUAUGUCCAGCAGCAUCGAUAAGACUAGUCAAGUCUCAACAGAUCAAACUGCGGAAGGUCAGACGUCCUUUGCUAGAGUAAAUAAGAUCUUGACAUACAAUCAAGGACACCCUAUCCCUCCAGGUGCACCCAACGUUAAUCUACCUCCUUCAGACAUCACUCAACAUUUAAAUCAAAACAGUUAUGUACAGCAAGAAUCAGUGAGUUCCAGUAUACAACCGCCACGGACUCAAAACGUCCAAGCACAAUCGACCGUUAGUCCUUCCGAAAGCUUAAGUAGUCCACAACUCAGAUAUGGAGCGCAACAGAAUGUCUCCAGUGCACCGUCGAUGUCAAAUUCUGGCACGCAGAAUUUAUUCUACAGUGCACAAGGCCAUAAUGUAGGGCCACGAAAUCCCCAAGAUUACAGCACUCAGCCUUUGAAGCCGCCGCAAAAUUUACUCACCGGUUAUAUGGAUCCCACGGGACUGGGAAGUGUUCCUCAAGGUCAGAAUAUACAUCAAAAUUUAACUGGCCAGAGGAAAUAUCCGCAACAAGACACUGCCAAUGCCGCGAUGCUACCGCCUUCAGGAGGUAAUCAGUUACAUGGCGCAAGAUUACCUCCAUCAGGAAUGCCUCCUUAUCCGGGACAGCAAACGUACGAUCCUCGUUCGCCAUAUCCCGGCCAGAUGACGAACGUCCCGUUAGAAUCGUCAAAUAAAAGGUAUCCUAAUAUGUACCCCGACCAAUUGAACCAAUUAAAUAAUCAGAUGAGCAAUUUGAACGUUGCGCAAACUGGCUACAACAAAUUAUGGGGAGCGGAAUCGAUAGACCUCUUACAGUGCCGAAAUAUACUGCCGCAUGAAAAAGUCGAACCACCAAAGAUCAAGUUACACCAGGAUUUCUUAGACAACGUGAAUUGUAAUCCCGAUAUAUUCAGAUGUACGUUGACAAAAGUACCAGAAUCGAAUUCGCUUCUGCAGAAGUCAAGAUUACCAUUCGGCGUACUAAUACACCCCUUUAAGGAUCUAAACCAGCAUUUAGCGGUGAUUCAAUGCAAUACAAUCGUGCGUUGUCGAGCUUGCCGAACGUAUAUCAACCCGUUUGUAUACUUCCUCGAUUCAAGAAGAUGGAAGUGCAAUCUCUGUUUCCGAUUGAAUGAACUUCCUGAGGAAUUUCAAUUCGAUCCGGUGACGAAAUCGUACGGCGAUCCAUCGCGACGGCCAGAAGUUAGAACCGGCACGAUUGAGUUCAUUGCGCCAAGCGAGUACAUGGUCCGUCCACCUCAGCCGGCCGUCUAUCUCUUUGUCCUGGAUGUUUCCCGCCUCGCGGUGGAGAGCGGUUAUCUGCAGACCGUUUGCAACACUAUUACCGAGGAACUGUCGAGCCUCCCCGGCGACAGUCGCACUCAAAUCGGCUUUCUCGCUGUCGAUUCUGCCCUGCACUUCUUCAGCAUGCCCGACAAUGUCUCGCAGCCACACGAAAUGAUCGUGCUGGAUAUCGACGACGUGUUUCUGCCGUGUCCAGAAAACCUAAUUGUAAAUCUAAAGGAACGCGAAGAGCUAGUCCGCGACCUUCUUGCCCAGCUCCCCGUCAAAUUCUGCGGCACUCAUGAUACCAACAGCGCUCUCGGUGCCGGUCUCCAAGCUGCCCUCAAACUCCUCUUCGCUACUGGGGGACGUGUCACCGUUUUUCAAACGUGUCUGCCUAAUAUCGGUCCAGGGGCCUUGCAGCCGAGAGAGGAUCCCAAUACUAGAGUGAAUAAGGACGUGCCACAUCUCAAUCCCGCGACGGAUUUCUACAAAAGAUUCGCUCUAGAUUGCAGCGGGCAGCAGAUCGCGAUUGAUCUAUUCUUAUUGAACAGUCAGUACAGCGAUCUGGCAACUUUGUCGUGCGUGUCAAAAUUCACGGGUGGCUGCAUCUACCAUCUGCCGCUGUUUCGAGCGUCGAAGUUACAGAAUGUUGAAACUUUGGAAAGAUUGCUACGUCGUUAUUUAACGAGAAAAAUUGGCUUUGAGGCGGUGAUGCGACUUCGCUGUACCCGCGGCCUCAGCAUCCAUGCUUUCCAUGGCAGCUUCUUCGUUCGCUCGACUGAUCUUCUCUGCUUGCCAAAUAUUAACCCGGACGCUGGUUUCGGUAUGCAAAUCUCUAUCGACGAAAAUCUUUCCGAUGUGCAAAGCGUAUGCUUCCAAGCAUCACUUCUGUAUACUUCGAGCAAAGGUGAACGAAGAAUCAGAGUACACACUCUGUGCUUGCCAGUCGUCGCAAGCCUAUCGGACGUAUUACAUUCUGCGGAUCAACAGUGCAUAGUCGGCUUAUUGUCGAAAAUGGCCGUCGACCGAUCGCUCCAGGCAUCUUUGUCGGACGCUAGGGACGCGUUAAUAAACGUCGCUAUCGACAUCUUAUCCGCAUACAAGCUGGCGCAAUCUUCCAGCGGCGGAGGACUUGUUGCUCCAGGAAGUUUGAAACUGCUGCCGUUAUACAUCAUCGCAUUGUUGAAGAGCGUAGCGUUCAGAUCUGGCACGAGCACACGUUUGGAUGAUCGCAUCUUCGCUAUGUUUCAACUGAAGACAUUGCCGUUGUCGCAGCUGAUACAGGUGGUUUAUCCCGAUUUGUAUCCUGUCCACGUGCUCGACGACCGCAACGCAAAGGACAUUGACGGCAAAGUGUGUCCGCAGCCGCCUCGGCUCAACUUGUCCGCUGAGAAACUUGACAGCCGGGGCGUCUUCCUUAUGGAUGCUGGCGACAGAAUCUUCAUUUACGUCGGCAAAAACGUCAAUCCAGUUUUCUGUUCUAACGUGUUCGGCACUCCAGGGUUCGUGUCUAUUCCAGAGGAAAUGUACGAAUUACCGGAAUUGGAUACGAUAGAGAGCGAACGGCUGCGAAACUUUGUAUUUAGCUUACAAGAGGAGAAGCCAUAUUAUGUACCUGUACAAAUUGUCAGGGACGAUAGCUACUUGAGAACGUUGUUCGUCGAGCGAUUGAUAGAGGAUCGAUUUGAAUCUGCUCUUAGCUACUACGAGUUCUUGCAGCAUCUCAAGACACAGGUGAAGGAAUGACCGAGUUAAGGGAUUCGUGCGUGAGACCAAUUUCUGCCGGAGGUGUUAAUCGUCGGAUUAUGGAUUAUCGUUGUGAAAACAGUCGCGCAGUGGGGAAAAUUGCGCGAUCCGUUUAUAACUCAUUAACCGAUCAUGGGUCAUUCGGGAUAUUUUGGGGCAUGUCGCGUGAUUCAAGAUCCUACUUAUGCCACCUACUUAUGCAGCAGUGACAGCCUUAUCGAGAGACACUGACGCAUUUAAAUAUGAUAGAUUGUAAUUAUUGUUAUUAUUACUAUUGAUCAUUUACCAUCGGUAGCCUCAACAUAUGGACUUGCGUUCACGUUGCGCGUAUCCACUUGGGUUAAGCAAUUUCUUCAACUCGUCCAGUAAAUAAUAUCUAAUUUUUUUUACGAUUUUGUGUUGCGCCUAUGACAAUUUUUAAUCUGUGAAAUUCGUUCGCUCGAUAGGAGAGUUCUCUUCAAAAUAGCGAUAGUACGUCCAGUAGCAUUAGCAUGCUGAGCACGGUCGAUUUCCUUUAUUGUAAAGUCGUUGGGCUCGAGCGUUUCGUCUAUUCUAAGAUGUACCCGCAGUUUCUCCUCUUAUUCCAAAUGGCACGCAUGUUGGCUGUCAUUACCCGCUGCCUUUCGCUCACUUUCUUUUCCACUCGUGAUUGCACGGUAAAUAUAAGUGGCGAGAGAGAGCGGCGCAGGAAAAGGAAAUCUUAGCUUAGAGGGAAACGACCAACUCGUGAGAUACAGGAAAUCGAUCGUUUCUUUUUUUGAUGAUGUUUGUAUAAAGUAUUGUUUCCUUUUUAAUUGCGUUUCCCCGUUCUGCAUUUUUUUCUCAAUCUCCGUAUCGAAGUAUCGUUGUUGUCGCAAUACGCAAGUGUUCUUACCUUAAAAAAAAAAACGAAAUACCAUCUACAAGAAAAUCCUGAAAAAUAUUAGUUACAAAUAAUUAUAUAUGCAAUAGAAGGGAAAUUACAAAUAAGUGCAAUUUUGCAUUUUCAGUAUAAGUAAUAACAAAUAAUAACAAAUGAGGGUGCGCUUGCGGGCUGGAAGUCGCCAAACGAGCUGUUUCACGGUGAUAAGCAAUGCGCUCUUGUAAUUUAAUCACCUACCGCAUUGCAGGCAAUAAAACACAAACAGAAGGGAGAUAGUAACAAAACUGAAAAACUAUAUUAUCAAUCGCUAUGUCAUACCUUAAACGAUGACGUUGUUAAUUCGCAUUGUAAAAUUAAGGCCUCGCGGUGGGCGAGGUCGUAGCGAUAAUUUCGAACGGUCGACGAACGUUGCAAUUAAAAUGUUGUUGCAAUUGAGGUAAUUGUAAAAAAAAAGUAUAUAGGGAAAGACAGAGAACGAUUUCGCGCCAACUGUAAAAUACGAAGCGAUCGUCGGGGGCGUGGAGUAACUCGCCUAUAAAGGACUCUAUAACAAAAUGAAUAAAUAAUGAAUGAACCAUAGCACUAGCAAGUGUUAUAAGAAAUAAACAAGUGAAUAUUGUAAGAUAAUCGCCCCGCACGUACUUUGUCAUGCUGCCAAAACUGGGAUUACUCGGCGCGGUUCUUUUCUCGCCAUUUUACGACUCGCCGAAGGCAAGAACAGCGCGUGACGAUUUAGUCUAUUAUUUAAUAAUUAUAUAUAUACAUACACACAUAUAUAUAUAAUUAUACGGGAAGUAAUUGUA